AGCAAACAGCGAACGUCGUUCUGGAGUGGAACUACGUCCAGUGGUUCGAAAGCACUGUGAGCCAUGCGUGAGCUGGGACAUUGGGAGGAAAUUCCGAGCACCGCGCAGCGCUGCGGAAGGCGCAUUUCCAGGAGGAGGAAUGGAAUGUGGGCGACGAUGUGCGAUGUCAGCGUCGCAGGCUUCAUGUCUUCAGCGAAGUGCGUUGUUGCGAAGGUGGAAUUGGUGUCUUGGCUGUUUGCGAUUUGGAAGUAGAAGCGACGGCAAUGUGACAGUGCGGGCUUUCUAGGAGGAAUUUCUAGACGAGCGACAAUCUCGACAAGAGGCGUCGUCCAGGGUAGCGGGAUUGUGUUCAAUUCUACCUCCAGCUAUGAUUGUCCCCAUGGGGAUACGGGCUGCUUGUAGUUUUUUCGUUCUCUCGUUGUGGAUUUUUCGAGCAUGCGUUCUCGUUUCGGGGGCCGACACGGUGCUUCGAUUCAAUGGUGAAUCCACCUUCAAAAUCUUGCAGGUAGCCGACAUGCAUUACGGGAAUGGUGCAACAACGCCGUGCAGUGACAUUAAGUCUUCGGAAAUGCCGUACUGCUCCGAUCUGAAUACCACGGCAUUUGUCCGCCGAAUGAUCCAGAAAGAAGCUCCUGACUUGAUUGUUUACACAGGUGACAACAUCGACUGGGGGGCUUCAGAUGCUAAAACAUCUAUGGACGCAGCCUUUGCACCAGCUAUAGAAUCAAACAUACCAUGGGCUGCUAUUCUCGGAAAUCAUGAUGUGGAUUCUAAUCUUCCUCGGCCUCACUUGAUGGAAUACAUAUCUCAAAUGAAGAAUUCCUUGGCCAAAGUCCUCGACCCUCAAGCUGCGGGGGUCCACGGUUGGGGUAAUUAUUACCUGUCAGUGUUCGGAUCAUCUGCAACGCCAACGGAGAACACAAGUUUGCUAAAUCUGUACUUCCUGGAUAGUGGAGACAACUCAAAGCUGCCAGAAAUAAGGGGCUACGACUGGAUACGGAGAAGUCAACAGACUUGGUUUUCCAGCCUCUCACAGCAGCUUCGGAUGGCCUCACCUGCCCCAGCUUUGGCGUUUUUCCACAUUCCGAUCCCGGAAUAUGAUACCAUUCUAUACCGCGAUCAAGUUACAGGUCGCCAGCUGGAAGAUGUGUACUCGGCACCAAUUAAUUCAGGAUUUUUUUCCACUCUACUGGAAUCUGGAGACGUUCAGGCCACCUUUGUUGGACACGAUCACUUGAACGAUUAUUGUGGGAAGCUGAUGGGAGUAAAUUUGUGUUACGGAGGAGGAACUGGGUACCACGCGUAUGGCAGGGUGGGUGUUCCUCGACGGGCUAGAGUUAUCUUCGCCAAUCUAAACGAACCGCAAGGUCGAAGUCUUAAUAUUUCAACUUGGAAGCGGCUCGACGAUUCAGAUAUGACGAAAAUAGAUGUGCAAUUGCUUUAUAGUAAGGCAACUGACGUCCGAUCGCCAGUUAGAACUUUUGCCUACCGCAAAGGAUGUUCAUGGCCCUGGAGUCCUUUUAAAUAUCCCCAGGGUAAGUGUUUCUUCUGGUCUUCGGUCAUCUACACGGGUGUAGUCACGUUGCUGAGUAUAUUUGCCUUCUUUUCUGGCUUUCUGUUCCAUAGAUACCGACACAAAUCAUCCCUAGCUUAUAAGCCGUUGAAUUCAGAGAAUAAAGACAAAGAGUAGAGCAAGAAACUUUUUACGUCUAAUUGUCCGUAGAGCAAAGAAAGCAAUUUGUACGUAGGUCAUAAUUCGGAAUAGCGAAUACUCUUAGAGGAUCACUUUUUCUAACCUUUAAAGAAUUAUACUAGAGUUUCAGAUUAGUGAGUAGAUAUUGACCGUAGCCUGCUAGGCUCAAGGUCGGUCUCACCUUCAGCUAUCAAUCAAGAACCAGUGUCUUUUGUGUAUAUCAACCAUUUCCAGGCCUCAAGGUGUGAACCUAUCUUCUCGACAAUGAAGCAAAAAGGCUGUUUCACUGUAACACAAUCAAGUUAAAAUAAUUUGCCUGAGCGGUAAAGACCCUG